AUGAAUUUCUUCACAAUUAAUGGUGAAGAUCUGAGCGGCAUCCAGCGCCCUCAAGAUAUAAAUUACAUGAAACAGUUACGAAUCUACAUGAUUAUAAUCGGUGCUUGGCCUGGCAAACUUUUCGGAGAGCCGGAGAGAUACAGAUUGGUUUACAGAUGUUACAAUUUUGCACUAAGCUUCAGCCUGUUUGUGUCAGAUCUGCUUUACAUAAGGAACAACACGGGGGUACUGACGUUUAUUGAAAUAGGACAUUCUUACAUUACCGCGUUGAUGAAUGUCGUUUGUUUGGCUAGAUACGCUUCCGUAUUCUCCAAAAAGUUGGACAAAUCGAUCGUUGAUUUUGUCAGGGAGAUACAUUUGUUUAAUCAUAGGAACGAAUCGGAAUACUCGUACAAGAAUUGGUACGUGUCAUUCUCAUGCGCGUUACUCUUCAUCAUCUACGAUUUGGUGAUCGCCUUGCUGGUGUUCCAUUUGUGGGGACACUUGAAGAUAUUGACUCAUAAUCUGGAGAGAUUCCCGAAGCCAGGGUUCAAAGGCUCAAAUGGAUCUACACUUCAGUAUUCCGACGAGGAAUCUUUGGAAGUGACUGAAAGGUUGAAAAUGAUUGUCAAUCAUCAUAGCUUUAUUCUUGGACACUCCAACAACAUUUCUGACGUGUUCGGGCUCAACAUAGCUAUAUACUACAUGUAUUUCCAAAUAAGCGGGUGUUUAUUACUUUUGGAAUGUUCUCAAUUGGACACAACCUCGCUGAUAAACUUCGGGCCGCUGACCCUCAGCCUCGUCCAGCUAUUGGCGCAAGUGUCCAUUAUUUUCGAAUUCCUCAGUUCAAUGACAGACCACGUAAUGCGGGGGGCGUAUGACGUCCCCUGGGAAUGCAUGGACGUCAAGAACAGGAAGAUGGUGCUGAUGCUGCUCAGACAGGCGCAGAUUCCCUUGGGGUUGAAAGCCUUGGGGGUGGUGGAGGUGGGGGUCCGCACAAUGGCCACGAUACUGAAAACGAGCCUUUCCUAUUUCAUGAUGCUGAAAACAUUUGCCGCUGACGAGUGAAACAAUCCAUACAUACAAAUAAAAUUGUAACUGACUUUUAAAUUUUAACUCUCCCACUCU